CAAAUCCGCAUCUCCUUCGCUCAUACCCACACUGCCCACCAAAUCGGAUUUUCCCCUUGGUGACAGCGCUUGCCCGUCAGCUGGAUGCUGCAGGGAGCCCGUGCGCCCCGCCGCGCUCUCUCGCGGGCGCUGUCAGGAUGCACCGGCCCCUCGUCUCAGGUGGGGCUCCAUGGGCUCCUCUUCUGAGGGAGAGAGUUUUCUCGUAGGACGGGCCGGGCUUUCUCACAGGGCGCGGGAAGGGGGGAUCCCUGGCGCCUGCAGAUUUCACAAGGCUGCGCGAGGAGCUUCUCCCGGCGCCCGCUUCUCCCCUGCUCUGCAGAGCCCGCACCUCACCCCUCCUGCUCGCCCCAGCCCCACCGCUCCUUCCCCCCCAGCCCUCCUCUCAUCUCUGCCCCCUCACUCCCCCUGCCCCCUCCACCCCGCUCCACUCCUCCUCCUCCCCCUCCUCCCCCUCCUCGCUCCUCUUCUCCCGCACGCUCCACUCUCGAUUCCACAAGUGCCGCUCACUUCGCUCGGCUCGCUGGGAGCUGCCGGGGCUGGGGAGCCCGCCAGGCAGGGGGCGGCUCGGCGCCCCGCUCCUGCCCCUGCUGCCCGCACGGACCAGGCUGCUGCAGGCGCGAGCGGGCUGAGCGAGCGCGUGGCCCCCCGCCCGAGCCCCUGUAUGUUCGGCCCCUGGCGCAGCGCAGCAGCCAGCAGCUCGAGCGGCGGCGGCGGCGGCAUCGCAGCGGCCGGGCUGGGAGGCAGGAUGCAGGGCUUCCUCCGGCUGGCCCUCGGCUGCUUGGUGGCGGACCUGCUCACGCUGGUGUGCCGGGCGCAGGAGAAAGCCGGGCAGCACCUGGGCAGCAUCGUGGUACUCUCCGGGGGGAACCACUCCAGCUUUGGGGAGCACGGAGACGCCUCGGAGCCGCCCCCGACCCCGGACUUCUGCCGGGGCUACUUCGACGUGAUGGGCCAGUGGGACCCGCCGUUCAACUGCAGCUCGGGGGAGUUCGUCUUCUGCUGCGGCACUUGUGGCUUCAGGUUCUGCUGCAAGUUCAAGAAGACCCGGCUGGAUCAAAACACCUGCACGAACUACGAGACGCCGGUGUGGAUGAACACGGGGAAGCCCCCUGCCCGCAUCGACGACCCCCUGCACGACCCCACCAGGGAUAAAACCAACCUCAUCGUCUACAUCAUCUGCGGGGUGGUGGCGGUCAUGGUGCUGGUGGGGAUCUUCACCAAGCUGGGGCUGGAGAAGGCGCACAGACCGCAGCGGGAGCACAUGUCCAGGGCUCUUGCUGAUGUUAUGCGACCUCAGGGUCCUUGCACAACAGAUCACAUGGAAAGAGACCUAAACAUUGUAGUUCAUGUGCAACAUUAUGAAAACAUGGAGACAAGGCCACCUGCAAAUAAUUUGCAUGGUUCACAGAUGAAUAAUGUGGUACCAACUUCUCCUCUCCUCCCUCAGAUGGCACAUCCACAUUCAUACCCCAGCAUCGGACAGAUCACAAAUCCUUAUGAACAACAGCCCCCGGGCAAGGAGCUUAACAAGUAUGCCUCCCUAAAGGCAGUCGGAGGGUAUGAUGGUGAUUUUCCUGUGAUGACACUUAAGUCAAAAGCUGACAAGGUCAAUGAUGACUUCUAUUCCAAACGCCGACACCUUGCAGAACUGGCUGCCAAGGGGAGCCUGCCACUGCACCCAGUGCGCAGAGAGGAAGACAGAACGUACACACCUGACAAUGGCACGACCAGACAGAAUGGGCAGAAAUCCAAAGUCUCAAAGAUGCACACACACCCCUUAGCUUACAACUCCAACUUCAAAACCUGGGACCCCAGUGUCCAGUCCCUCCGACGGCAGACAUAUGCAAACAAGGGGAAGCACAGCACAGGAGAACCAGCAGCAAGUGACCCACUGACAACUCGGAACCAGCACUAUCUGCCCCCACAGCCAUAUUUCAUAACCAACAGCAAGACAGAAGUGACUGUUUGAGAUUGCUUUUGAGAAAAAAAGAUCCCUUAAAAACAAAAACACACACAUAAAUAACUGAAAGAGGCAAAAAAAAAUGAUAUCAAGAAAGAAAGGAACUUCCACUUGGACAUUCCUGCUAUGAAGCCAAUUGUAAGGCAAAGAGUGGGUUAAUACCAUUCAGCAAUACACUGAAGGUUGAAUUAGAAACACCAUUUGUAUUUCACACUGGAAAACAAACCCUUGUGACUAAUUUUUUUUUACUUGAAACUGAAAUCCAUGAUGAGAAGUAGCACAAUCUAGAGAAACUUUAUGUCUGCUUAAACCAUUUACACUAUGUUCCCGCCUUGAGACAGAGAGCCAGUGAGAGAGAACAAUAUACUGUAAUACAGUGUUUUGGUCAGGAAUUUUGUAUAAAUUCUAAUAAUAAUAAUAAUCACUAGACCUGUGAAAACCCAAGUGCAAAUAACUUGGUACCAGCCCUAACAUUAUUGUACUUUCAUGUCAUCACUAUAUGAAGCGCAAAAAAAAAAAAACCACACAACCCAAUAAAAUAAAAAAGACAAAAGACUCUUUCAUGUGAAUCCAACGAAGACUGUUACAA